CGUAGUUACCUGAGAAACGCGGGAAGUUAGGCCUGCUUGCCGCUGCAACGGCUGAAGUUGUUUUAUUCCUCGACAAGAAAGCCAAGCUUGUCCGAGGACCUAGACCCUGAGGCCGACUCGGUCUCUGGCGCGGCGCAAUGGAGGUAGUGGAGGCCGCCGCCGCUCAGCUGGAAACUCUGAAAUUCAAUGGUACCGGCCUUGGGGUUGGCGAAGAUCCAGCGGUGCCAUGUCCGGGCUCUGCUCCUGCGCCUGGGCCCCGGCCACCGCUACAGUUGUGCGAAGGGUCCCCGGACACUGGGCAGGUUGUGGAGGCUAACCCUGCCGGGGAGCAGCCACUGCAGCCUGCUCUGAGUGCUACGGCGGGCGGCACCCCUGCGCCGCAGCAGCCGCAGACAGAACCGCCGCUUUGCGGGGACUGCGUCACCGGCCCGGGCGCGGCAGAGCCGGCGCUUACCCCGGACUGCUUGGAGACCUCGGACUCGGAUUCCGACUCAGACAGUGAAAUAGAUUCAGAUAGUUCAGGCUCAUCCUCUUCCUCAUCGUCUUCGUCAUCAUCUUCCUCAUCAUCUUCCUCUUGUAUAUCACUUCCUCCAGUGCUGUCAGAUGGAGAAGAUGAUUUGCAAGUGGAGAAAGAAAAUAAGAGUCUUCCUCUUAAAACAAAAGAUGAGUUACUUCUUAACGUAAGUGAAGAUUUUGCUGAAGUACAUCAGAAUUGGAAUGCUCAUAGCUCUGCUUCAGAGCAUUCCAAAGGCUAUCGCAACAGAGAAUUCACACGAGGAUUUUCCAGGGGUAGAUAUCCUCGAUCUUGCCGUGGUAGGACUCCACCUCAGCAGUUUUAUAACUUGGAACACACGGUAUCUCAGGAGGCUUCGGGAUUUCCGCCUCAGAGACAAGAUAAUCCUAUUAUACCACAAUACGCUUUUCCUCCUCCAAUGUUUGACAUGCAUAAUUUUUCACUGCCCCCACCCCCACCACCCCCGCCCCCAUCUGUAAACAUGGAAAGGGAGAUUGAAGGCUGUGGGGAAUCCUUCAGCAGUGAACUGAGCAGUGAGAAGACUAACAGCCCGGCCCACGACGGCCCUGGGAGAGAACUGACGAGUUUUCCGAUUGCCCGCUCAAUGCUCUCCUUCCUGUUCAUUAUCAGCAAUCCACCCAUCUGUCCUGAAUGGUCAUCUCACCUACACAACGAUGAAAACUUUCUGGAGUCAAAUGGAAAUCUCAAUAUUCUCCAUCUACUUCUUUUUGGAUCUUCUCCAGAGUUCUAA